AUGGGAGCAGGAUGGGGAAUGGUAGAAGAAGGUUGGAGAAAAGGGCCUUGGACUGCCGAAGAAGACCGUCUUUUGAUCGAUUAUGUCCAUCUUCACGGUGAAGGCCGAUGGAACUCUGUGGCGAGGCUGGCAGGGUUGAAGAGAAAUGGCAAAAGCUGUAGGUUAAGAUGGGUUAAUUACUUAAGACCUGACCUCAAGAGAGGACAAAUCACUCCUCAUGAAGAAACCAUUAUCCUUGAGUUACAUGCUAAGUGGGGCAACAGGUGGUCAACAAUUGCUCGUAGUUUACCGGGAAGAACGGACAAUGAGAUCAAGAACUAUUGGAGAACCCAUUUCAAGAAGAAGACAAAAUCUCCAACUAACAAUGCGGAGAAGACGAAAAACAGAAUCUUGAAGAGGCAACAAUUUCAGCAGCUAAGACAGAUGGAGAUGCAGCAAGAACAACAAUUGCUUCAGUUCAACCAAAUCGACAUGAAAAAGAUUAUGUCUUUACUAGACAAUGACAAUAAUAACAACCGUGGUGAUAAUAACUUCAGUAGCAGUAGUAGCGGCAGCAGUGGAGAAGGUGGUGCCUUCUAUGCUCCUCAUCAGAUCAUACAUUCAACAACAGGUUCUGGUUAUGACCCAAAUGGUAAUGGGGUUUUCCCGGUUUCAAUAGCUGAGGCUAAUGUCAACGAAGAUUACACAGUUUGGGAUGAUUUAUGGAAUCUUGAUUUGGAAGGACAAGGAAGCUUUGAUGGCGAUGCUUGUGUUCCAAGGAAGCACUGUUUCCAGAACGUGUCUAUUCCCUUCUGUUAG